GUGUGGGUGUGGGCUGCUCCCCCAAGCCACAUACCCUGCCCAGUGACACAGGACACAGGGCCGGCAUUUCAACGCGGAGCUCCCCUCCGAGGAUGUUCAGCUCUUCCCCACGAUGAAUGAGUGUCACUAUGAUAAACGGAUGGACUUUUUUUAUAACAGGAGCAACACCGACACUGCCGACGAGUGGACAGGAACAAAGCUCAUAAUUGUUUUGUGUGUUGGAACAUUUUUCUGCCUGUUUAUUUUUUUUUCUAAUUCUCUGGUCAUCGCAGCAGUGAUCAAAAACAGAAAGUUUCAUUUCCCCUUCUAUUACCUAUUGGCAAAUUUAGCUGCUGCAGAUUUCUUUGCUGGAAUUGCCUAUGUAUUCUUGAUGUUUAACACUGGCCCAGUUUCAAAAACUUUGACUGUCAACCGCUGGUUUCUUCGCCAGGGGCUUCUGGACACUAGCUUGACUGCCUCGCUGACCAAUUUGCUAGUUAUUGCAGUGGAGAGGCACAUGUCAAUCAUGAGGAUGCGGAUCCACAGCAACUUGACCAAAAAGAGGGUGAUACUGCUCAUUCUGCUGGUGUGGGCUAUUGCCAUCUUCAUGGGGGCAGUCCCCACAUUGGGCUGGAAUUGCCUCUGCAACAUCUCUACCUGUUCUUCCCUGGCCCCCAUUUAUAGCAGGAGUUACCUCAUUUUCUGGACUGUGUCCAACCUCGUGGCCUUCUUCAUCAUGGUGGCGGUAUAUCUGCGGAUCUACAUGUAUGUCAAGAGGAAAACCAAUGUCUUGUCUGCACAUACCAGUGGGUCCAUCAGCCGCCGGAGGGCUCCCAUGAAGCUAAUGAAGACAGUAAUGACUGUCUUAGGCGCCUUCGUAGUGUGCUGGACCCCGGGCCUCGUGGUGCUGCUCCUGGAUGGCUUGAACUGCACGCAGUGCGGCGUACAGCACGUGAAGCGCUGGUUCCUGCUGCUGGCCUUGCUCAACUCCGUCAUGAACCCCGUCAUCUACUCGUAUAAGGAUGAGGACAUGUACAGCACCAUGAAGAAGAUGAUCUGCUUCUGGCAAGAGAGCAGCCCGGAGAGGCAGCCCUCCCGCCUCCCCUCUACGGUCCUCAGCAGGAGCGACACCGGCAGCCAGUACAUGGAAGAUAGUAUUAGCCAAGGCACGGUCUGCAACAAAAGCAGCUCCUAAGCUUGAGACUGCUCUCCACCUGACCCCCCAGGCCUCCCUGGGAAGCAGAGCUGUUAGGAAUGCUGACCUGUCUCCUUGAAGCCCUUGACAGUGUUACUUUGAGGUCUAUUUUAAUCACGGCUAGAUGUAAAACAAUGUUUUUUUCUUGGAUGUUGUAGUUGAAAAGCAUGGGCAGUAAAGAGAAGGCACGACGCACUUAGUGAGCAUGCGCGUACGCUCAGGAGGCAGCGCCAAGCCCUACUGCUCCUCUUGCGAACUGCUCAGAGAGCCCGCCAGCCGCCGGCUGGCUGUUCUGGGCUCAGCCGACGUCCUGUAGCCAUUCUCUUUGUGUUUUAAAGAUGUCUUUCAGGGGCUUAAGCCACAGUAACUAAUAAAUAAUGUUACUUGAGCCACCUAAUGUAGCUGCUAAGAAAACCUAUGUAGGUAGUUCUUUCUGCAUGCAUUUAAGACUUUCAGGAGCGCUUUAGCAAUGAUACAGUUUUUCCCUCAAAGAAACCAUGGCCAGUAGCUAGGUGUUAAUAGAAACUUAAGAAUAACACAUCAGUAAAUUUUAUUUUAUUUUAUUUUUUUACCCAAAAAAGCACAUUUGAAAUAAGAAAAGGCCUUCGUGUAGUCCUCUACCCAUGCAUGUAUGUGCACGUGCAAAGCUACUUAUGCAAUUUAACGUAUUUAAAGAAUCCGAGGACAGUGUUGGCAGAAUAAACUCACUGGUCACCUAGACUUUCCGGCCUAGGACUGUCACUGUAGAAGUGACCUGUUGUGCUUUAAAUGAAAAGAGAAAGUUCAUUUCCAGUAAGUUUUUGUAACAGAAAAAAGAUAUGCUGAGAAGCAAAUGAAAUCAGUUCCAUGUAGGAUCAAAUCUGAGCAUGACCAGAAUCCUUAAUUUUAGUUUCCUCCAUAUUCCUAGCAGCUCGUUACAUUUAGUAUGCGGAAUAAUUUCACAUCUCGUUUUUUGCCCAAGAUUAUCAACACAUUUUGGGACCGAUCUUGUGGACUAAAUUUUGAUCCAGGUUCUAUUUUGAAUUUUUCUCCUUCAAACACCUGAGCAGGCAACAUAAAAAGCAAAUCAGCAAAACAGAAAAAUAAUGUGUUAUAUUCAUAGGCUACCAAAGUUUUCUGUGUAAGUCAUUCAAGUCAUUCCAAGUGUAUGCUGAUUUAAAAGAAAAAUAACUUCCAGGCAGAUAAUAUAGUAUUUAUGUAGUUUGCAAAAGAAGUUUACAUUUUUUAGCUAUUGUGAUGUAACAUUUAUGUGCAAGAACUACUUGUAAUAAAAGAAUUUGAGAAGCCAUGCUUUUAGAUAUUGUGGUAAAAUAGAGUAUUAUGAUUUCAAAGUGUAGAUUUCAUAAGCUCUGUGUAGUAAGUGGUCUAUCUGAAGCUUCUAUCAAACCUACCUAUAAAAUAAAAUUUAAGACAGA